AUGGGCGGCGGAGGGAGCGUGGCCCCUGCGAGGUCCGUGGGGAGGGAGGACGGCUUCCCCGGCUGGGGCCCGGCCUCGGUGGGGCCUGUGCGGGGAGAGGGCGCCCCGCGGGCCCCCUCACCCGCUGCGGCUGGGCUGGCGGCCCCCACCGUCGGGAAAGCUGGGCCCCUGAAACAGCGAACCGAGAGAGACGCGGGGCCCUGGGAAGACUUAAAACUCAGAGAGGAAGAUGGUGUUUACCUAAGCUUGGUGACCUUAAGCCCACUAAUAUCUUUUCCUUUUUUUGUGCCUUUGCAGGGGAAGAAGUUUAACUUUGGGAAGAUUCUCUUCAGCAACACCACCAUUUUCCUGAGAUUUGAAGGGGAUGAAAAAGCUUGUGAGCCCUCCCAGAGUUACAAUGUUACUUGGUACUUAAGAUAUUCUGACUGCUACAAUGAAGUCUUCAACUUUGGGGAUGAACAGGCAGAGUACUAUUUUGGGGCUACGUCUGAAGAGCAUCCGGGUUGGUCAGGAUACUAUGCCACGGCUUCUCUCCUCUUUCCAAAUUGCUCCGAGCUCUUCAGGCCUCAGAUUUUCUAUAAAGAAUUUGUUCAUCCCGAGCCUCUGUCACCUGAAAAACAAGAGGGCUUAAAAGAUAAGAAGGAGAGUGGAGGAAAUCAUACAAUGGUGGCGGAUAAAACUGCAAUGAAUGCUGUUAUCAAAACUUGGCGAGAUGGGCCAUAUAUAUUUAUUGUGCAAAUUGGAAUUACAACUGGAAAGGAUUCUACUACCAAAGUUAAAAGAACGGAGAAAACACCACCUUCCCCUGAUCAAAACAAGCCCUUUACAAUGACAGUAGAACUGAAGGGGCCAUAUGAGUAUCUCUCACUUGCAGACUAUCCUCUGAUGAUUUUUUUCAUGGUGAUGUGUAUUGUGUACGUAUUCUUCGGGGUUCUAUGGCUUGCAUGGUCAGCCUGUUACUGGCGGGAUCUCCUGAGGAUCCAGUUCUGGAUUGGUGCUGUUAUCUUCCUGGGAAUGCUCGAGAAAGCAGUUUUCUAUGCAGAGUUCCAGAAUAUCCGCUACACAGGGGAAUCUGUUCAAGGAGCAGUAAUACUGGCAGAACUGCUUUCUGCUGUGAAGCGCUCAUUGGCUCGAACUCUGGUCAUCAUAGUCAGCCUGGGAUAUGGGAUAGUCAAGCCUCGCCUUGGAGUUACUCUUCACAAAGUAGUUAUGGCUGGAGCCCUUUAUCUAUUAUUUUCUGGCAUGGAAGGUGUUCUUAGAGUCACAGGGUUUUUCUAUGACACUGUGGCUCUGAUAGCAAACUUGGCCCUGUCCAUGAUUGAUGCCUGUAUUAUUUUGUGGAUAUUCAUCAGCUUAACUCAAACAAUGAAACUGCUGAAACUUCGAAGGAAUGUUGUGAAACUCUCUUUGUAUCGGCACUUCACCAACACACUCAUCUUGGCAGUAGCAGCAUCUAUUGUAUUUAUCAUCUGGACCACCAUGAAGUUCAGGCUGGUGGAUUGUCAGUCGGACUGGCAGGAGCUAUGGGUGGAUGAUGCCAUCUGGCGUUUAUUGUUUUCAAUGAUCCUUUUUGUCAUCAUGAUUCUGUGGAGACCAUCUGCUAACAACCAAAGGUUUGCUUUCUCACCACUGUCUGAAGAGGAGGAAGAUGAUGAGCAGAAAGAGCCAAUGUUAAAGGAAAGCUUUGAGGGAAUGAAAAUGAGAAGUACAAAGCAAGAACCAAAUGGGAACGUGAAAGCAAACAAAGCUCAGGAGGAUGACCUGAAGUGGGUAGAGGAGAAUGUUCCUUCAUCAGUGACAGAUGUUGCUCUUCCAGCUCUUCUGGAUUCAGAUGAGGAAAGAAUGAUUACACACUUUGAAAGGUCCAAAAUGGAAUGAAGGAGUAGCUUUUUUGCUCUUGGAAGUGGAGACGCCUCUUAAAGUUGCUUGGUGGAGCAAGUGCAUCCUGCUGAUUUGUUUCUUGAUCUCAGCCUUGGAAGUUUGAUGCUUUAUUGUCACGAGGGCGUCUUGCUGUGGAAGUUCACAAGGACAUUAUAAACCUUUUGGAAAUUUGAAUUUACAAAGUUGCUGCAAGUUUGGAUUUUUAAGCAAUUUAAAUGUGUACUAUUCCAGCACCUUCUGUAACUUUUCAAAUAUUUAAUCUGUGAAACUAAAAUUCCUAAUGUCUGCUUGAGGA